AUGGGCAAUACCAGUGCGAAAGAAUCGCGAGGCCCGGACUCGAUAUAUUCUAGCUCCCAUCGACACGCGGACGCGGGUGUGGGCAGCAGCGGGCCAGCUUCUCCUACCGACGGAAACCAUUCUCGCCAUCCCCAUGAUUCACGGGGUGGGCGCCGAGGCAGGCCAGAUUUAUCCUCGAUCCUAGGGAUUGGGAGUUCGAGCACCGAUGUGACCGAACGCCGCGAGACCAAGCAGGAGAGAGAGGCCAGGAAGUUGGAGAAGGAGAGGCUGGCCAGAAUCAAGGAGAGGGCGCGGAGUAUAAAGGAAGAGCAUGUUGAUGGUGGCUACUUGGUCACCAUGGGGGUAUAUACUGGCCAUGAGGACUUCAGCAAGCCCAUCAUUGAACGGCGAAUUGCACCGUUCUGGCGGGGCCUCAAUGACUUCAAACCGGAGUGGACGGAACAUCAACUGGUUGCUGCUGGUAAAGGCCUUCCCAUUCCUGCUGCGGAUGAGAUUCCUCAAGAUAUAUUUGGAACGCCAUCGCCGGGAUCUCCACAUACAUCGAGUCAAAACCUACAGAACCUCAUGGUUCCCGUCCCGGAUAGAUCCCCUUCGCCUGUUUCCGACGCCUCUACAACCUUGUCACCAUCGAAUCCAGCAUUCUCACUGCCCUCUCCAACAUCGCAGGAAGCCUCUCCCCCUUUACAAUCAUCGUCCCCUUUCCGGCCGCGAUCCAAGACCUUGGCCUCGCUGACCUCUUCUUCCAAAACCCCACCAUCUACAGAAAUGACCCCACGCGAGAUAAAGCUUCCGAAAGAUCCCUUUGUAAAUGGGCAACGUAUCGAAGUAUACCUGUAUAAAGAUGCUACGGAAUGCCCCAUUUGCUUCAUGUACUACCCCCCACAUCUCAAUAACACUCGGUGCUGCGAUCAACCGAUAUGCUCGGAAUGCUUCGUCCAAAUAAAGAGACCAGAUCCUCACCCACCGGAACAUGAACAUCAUGACCCGUCGGACGCCGAUGCAGCACCAUCUAAGCCGGCGCCGGAGGCAGAUACUCUCGUCUCCGAGCCAUCGACUUGUCCGUAUUGUCAGCAGCCAGAAUUCGGAGUUAUUUACGACCCUCCCCCGUUCCGACGUGGUCUUGCAUAUGCAAACUCGACACCCGCCUCGAAUAUCUUUUCAUCGGCCAUGUCAUCAUCUUCCUCGGUAGUUUCAAACAGUAACCCAACUCCACCUACUCAUAGACGACGCCACGAGUCGAUUUCCGCGAACGCCCCAACCGUCAUUACGACGGAUAAAAUCCGGCCAGACUGGGCGACAAAACUUGCAAAUGCACGAUCUCAUCUCGCUCGGCGAUCAGCAGCGGCUACUGCUCUGCACACCGCAGCAUAUUUGAUGGGAAAUGCUAACCCAGAUAGUAGAGGUUUCGGUUUCAGCAGCCGAAGCCGAUUUGGCAGGCACAGAGGGGAUAAUAGCCCCGGGACGAGCGGGGCGGCGACCCCUUCACCAAAUCCGGACGAAACUCGCCCACCGCGGACAGUAUCUGAACAGAUGGCCGCCGUACGUAGGCAGGCUGAGGAAAGCAGCUCUCGACGACGGGAUAGAAUGGAGGACCUAGAGGAAAUGAUGAUGAUGGAGGCUAUAAGGCUGAGCCUGGCGGCGGAAGAGGAGCGGAAACGAAAGGGCGAAAAGGAAGCCUUCAAAGACGCAAAGAAAAGAGCCAAGGAAGAAAAGAAGAGGGAGAAGAAGGAGAGGAAAGUGUAUGGGAGUGGGGCGAGCUCAGCCAGCGGCAGUGCACUAAGCCUAUCAUUGCCAGGCUUGGGGAGAAGAAGGGGUAACAGUGGUGCGAGUAAUUUAGGGAGAGAGGUCACUCCUGAAGAGGUCGACAUGUCGAAUUUCAAGGGAAAAGGGGUAGACCGCGGUGUUCACAAUGCAGCUGGUCCCUCCGCGCCAGUGGAUGUCUCUCAUGGUGAAAACACUUUAGGUCUCGGAAUCCCAGGUGGUCGACGUUUGGAUACAACUACCUCUACAUCCGGUAGCGAUGCCCAUCCACCAUCACCGUCCCCGACAGCACCAGAUAAGCCAUCUCACCUCCGCCAGAUGAGCAACGCAUCAAGUCCGUCUUCUUCCUUUGUCGAGUCUGCUCCUGGAAGUUUGCGGAACGGCUUCGCGGGCCAUGGAUCUUCAUCGACUCUAGACUCGCCUAGCGCAUCGGGUGCUCAUAUUGCAAGGCAUUCUGAUGAGACCCCUGAUGGCGAAGAUAGCAGCGGAAAUGCGGCAUCGGAACCAAUGUUCAAUUUCCAAAGUUUAGUGGCUAUGAUUGGAGAUGAGAAAGUGGCCGCUACCGACCGCAUGCACCUUCAGCGCGGGGAAAGCUCAGACACAAAGCCACAGGAGCAGAACCAAAAUUCGGGUCUAGAAGAUAGCGUUGCUACUCUUAAGGUCAACAGUUCUAUGCAUAGUGGAAGCAGUGCGAACGACGAUACUAGAGAGACAACCUUGCUCCAGUCGCAAUUAAGCACGCCCGAAGUAUUGGUUACCGCAGAAACACCUGCCGCUGUCGGUUCCGGGGAUUCGAAUGACAAGCAACUUGGCGAGGGCUGGGGUGAAAGGAUCGCCGAAGGGAUAACGCAGUAA